AUGGCCUUUGCAGUGCUCUGGCAUGGUUUGCUGAAGUGGGUUAGAAAUAGCAUCAGGAUUUUUGUUUUAAAUGGAAGUUUAACACCAACACAGCUUAGAGAUGAUGUAUUCUUCUGCUUUCUAGCUCUGUGCAAUGAACUGAUAAAACCUGCAGCUUGCCAGCAACAGGAGCAUUUGCUUGAGAGCAGGAGGUCUUCUCAAAUCCAGGCAGAGCAGCAAGAGCUUUUUGCUCCUGGUAACAACCAGCCCCAUCCUUUUGCUUUGGGACAGCCAGCAAAGGCAUCUUCUGUAAGGAACCUGGCAGAUGCUGAUGGCACAUCUGAAUACGGCAUUUCUGUACUUGCACAUCCUGACAGACAGCAGGGAGAGAAAAAGGGCUCACUGUCCUCUAACAAGCUCCUCUUGACUGUCAGCAUGCUGCAGAAGAGUGGCAAGCCGUCCUUUGUCCGCUCCUCUACAAAACAUCCUGCAGCAACCAGGAAAGCAUUGGAAUGUCUGCUGCAACAGCAACAAAAAAGACAAAUAUACACAACCCCUCUGCAACAGAAAAAGGAUCUGGCAGCCCAGUUCCAACGUGCGAGAUCUCACAGUGAUUCUCUGACUAUGAAAAGGAUUUCUGUACCCUUUGAAACGAAAAUGUUGCAACUCAAGCUGAAAAAUUCUUUGCAUGGGCCCACUGUGAAUUCCUCCAUUCCUGCUCCCUGCAUUGUACGUCUCAAGACUUGCAGUGCUUCGCUACAAGGAAAGAAAGUUCAUGGUGCUCACAGUAAAGGCACUUCUCUCCCUGAAGACAGAGUUCAGCACAGUGGUACAGACCGUACAGCUUCUGAACAGAUCAAAUCAACAUGUGUGAUGAUCCCACAAAUGAAAAAUGAAGCAGUUUGCAGGGGAAAAAAACCCUUUUGUCCACACGCUGCAGAUCCUUCCCAGGCUGACAGUGGGUUCAGACUUCUGACAGGACAGCAAAAGGAGGCACAUGCUGCAGCUGCUGUAGCUCAGUGUCAGGCAAACCAGGCAAAGCUCGUAGAAGAUCAUCAAAGAGCACGCAAGAAGGCCUGGUUAAGGAAAGCUAAAGGCCUACCUACAGUAUCUUUUACUAAGGAGGGGAAGAUAUUUGCUCCUGAACUUGGACAUAAUACAUUUAUCUGAGGUAACCCAUUAGUCCAGCAAAU